AGAAAUUACUCCAAAAAAAAAAGUUCAAUUUCCUCAUAGCUGCCUCUGGAAAUCCCUUCCACCAAAUCUCACGCAAACAGACACACCUUGAUAGACUGACACUCACACAUGGCCUUGCAAGUUGCAUCUGUUCUUGAUUUGCCAUUUGGUCUGUUCAGAUGCAUUUUUGAUUUAUUUUUGUCAUGAAUGGAAGAGCCCCAAAAGAUUACAUCUUUAGUAACUGCUUCCAACUUCUUGGAGUUCUUGGUAUAGAUCUCUGAGUCCUUACUACAGGUACUUGGUGCAAUUGGAUUGUGAUGGAUGCAAAUGGUAAGUAUAAUAAAGAUCCAAAUACUAGCAAUGGAGAACAGGGCACAACAGACAACAAUGGAACACCAAAUGAUCAUGUGGUUGUUAUGAUCCAUGGUGGUGAUGGUUUGAAGGAUCCAAAAGCGAAACCUUUGCCCGAUUCGCCCAAUGCGUGUGUCGGUUCACCCGAGAUCGUCACAUUCAGCCCAACUGCCAAUAAGCCUCCAAGACCACCACCCACUCCUACCACUCUCACUCGGCGAAAAUCACUCGCCAGAUCAGUGUACUCAAAACCAAAAUCAAGAUUCGGCGAACAACCGGUACCCAUUGAUCCAGACUUGUUUGACAACCAAAGCGACGCGUCCGCCCGUGUUUCGCCCAGCAAUAGACCGGGUCCCGAUGGCACUUGUAACACACAAAGAGAGACGCGGAGGACGGUCUCUGUGAGCAUUACCCCCAAGACACCACUAAUGGCGUCACCCGUUGGGAACGAAGAGGAAGAUGAGAACGAGGAGAUAUACAAGAAAGUGAAAGUUAGGAACAAUUUGAGGCUUAGGAAAGUAAAGAUGAGAGUUUUAAGCGAAUGGUCAUCAUUUCUUUUCCUCUUAGGGUGUUUGGCCGCUAGCCUCACGAUUCAUAAGCUCCGAAGUUGGAAACUUUGGGAUUUGGAGUUAUGGAAAUGGAUCACUCUUUUUGUUGUCACUUUCAACGGUCUAUUGGUCACUAAGUGGUUCAUACAUUUCCUUGCCUUAUUGAUUGAACUCAACUUCUUGUUAAGGAAGAGGGUGUUGUACUUUGUCUACAGUUUGAAGAAGACCGUUCGGGUCUGUCUAUGGGUAAGUUUGAUCCUUGUCACCUGGGUAUCGCUCUUCAAGAAUGGAACUCGGAGGUCGCGUUUGGCCAACCGAAACUUGGAUUAUAUUACAUGGACUAUAGCGUCCUUGCUUCUCGGAUCAUGUUUGUGGUUAUUGAAGACUUUAUUGCUCAAGAUCUUGGCUUCCUCUUUUCACGUGAACGCGUUCUUUGACAGAAUCCAACUCUCAUUUUUUCAUCAGUACAUUUUGUUGACCCUUUCUGGGGCCCCGGUCAUGGAGUCCGCCGAGAUGUUUAGGAGGACAAACAGCAAUGUGAGCCAGCUCAAUUUCCACAGGACCAAGAAGGGAAAAGAUGGAAAGGAAAAGAAGAGGAAGGUGAGGGAGGUGAUCAACAUUAACAAGCUUCAUCAGAUGAAGCGCGAGAAGGUGUCCGCUUGGACAAUGAAAAUGUUGGUCGACGUGAUAUCGAAUACUGGCUUGUCUACUAUCUCUGCUUCGCUUGAUGAAGGCGCGUUUGGCAGAGAGUUUGAACCAGCAGCAGAUACUGAGAUUACUAAUGAAGAGGAAGCCAUUGCUGCUGCUUAUCACAUCUUUAGGAACGUUGCACAACCAGGUUCCAAGUAUAUUGAUGAGUAUGACCUAGCGAGAUUCUUGAUUAAAGAAGAGGUGGAUAUGGUUCUCCCAAUGAUAGAUGUUGCAGAAACCGGAGAAGUUGACAAGAAAACUUUGACGGAGUGGGUGGUUAAGGUUUACAAGGACCGGAAAAUGCUAUCACAUGCUUUGAACGACACAAAAACUGCUGUGAGACAGUUGAACAAGCUUGUCACCGGGAUUCUAGUAAUCGUGAUAAUCAUCAUAUGGCUUCUGUUAGUGGGGAUAGCAACAACCAAAGUUUUGGUCUUUCUGUCGUCCCAACUUGUCGUGGCGGCGUUCAUGUUUGGGAACACUUGCAAGACUGUUUUUGAAGCCAUUGUCUUUGUCUUCGUGAUGCAUCCUUUCGAUGUUGGUGAUCGUUGUGUUGUGGACGGUGUCCAGAUGACAGUUGAAGAAAUGAACAUAUUAACAACUAUCUUCUUGAGAUUUGACAACGAGAAAAUAUACUAUCCGAAUUCAGUUUUGGCCACUAAACCCAUUAGCAAUUUCAAGAGAAGUCCCGAUAUGAGCGAUUCCUUUGAGUUUUCCAUUGAUUUCCGGACGCAUGUGGAGAAGAUAGGAGCCCUAAAUGAAAAAGUCCAGAAGUACUUGGAAAAAUCGCCGCUUUGGUAUCCUAAUCACAACAUGGUGGUGAAGGAGAUCGAGAGCAUGAACAAAAUGAAGAUGGCCUUGUUUUUCAACCACAAGAUGAACUUCCAAAACUACGGAGAGAAGAACAGGCGUAGAACCGAACUAAUCCUCGAGAUGAAGAAAAUGUUCGAGGAUUUGAGCAUCAAAUACGAUCUUCUCCCUCAAGAAGUUCACAUCGUCGAGUCUUCAAAAGCAAGACUAAGCUAGAAGUAGUAGGGAAAAGGACACUAAUCCCACUAUAUUCUUCCCCUUACAUUAGCGGUGUUCCAAUUUUCGUGGUCGGUGAGAGCCUUCUUCUGCAAUACAACGCAAGAAAGGUUUUUGACGAACUUCGGUCUGCUACUAAUCCUCACCGAUAGCUUUCAUAGUGUCAUAAACCUUAAUGAAAGUCCUAGUGUUCG